AAAACCUUUAUCAAAUACUUUGCACUCAAAUUGGUCGUAUUUUCAACUUUCUAAGAUUGUCAUUGUAACGUAAGACUAGACUAUAUAUAUAUAUAUAAAAUAAAGCAAGGUGCCAUCCUUACAGCAUUGACACUGUAGCUUAUUCUUGCAAUCUACUUUGAUUGAUAUUCCUCUCUUUCAGGAAUUGGAGCUGAAGAUCGAGAAACAGAUGAAGAUUCAGUGUGACGUGUGUGAGAAAGAGGCCGCCUCCGUGUGCUGCACCGCUGACGAAGCCGCCCUCUGCGGCGCCUGUGAUCACCGCGUCCACCAUGCCAACAAGCUUGCUUCAAAACACCAACGUUUUUCCCUUCUCCAUCCUUCCUCUUCUAAACAAGUCCCUCUCUGUGACAUCUGUCAGGAGAAACGAGGAUUCGUGUUUUGUGUACAAGACAGGGCAAUUCUAUGUAAAGAUUGUGAUGUUCCAAUUCACUCAGCAAACCAAUAUACCCAGAAGCAUGACAGGUUUCUUCUUACAGGGGUUAAGCUCUCUGCUACCUCGGCUCUCUACGAUGGUGAUUCCCUUCCUCAAUUCAAUUCUCAAACAUUGGUCAACGAUCCCUUCUCUGUUUCUCCAGCGAGUUUCAAUCCAUCUUCAGCGGCUAUGACUACAACAGCAACAGCAGCAGUCAUUAACAAGAACAGUGGAGAUAAUAACCUCUUACCAAGUGAAACAUGUGCUUCAGUGAGCAGCAUAUCUGACUACUUGAUAGAGAUGCUUCCAGGGUGGCACGUCGAAGAUUUCCUUGAUUCCGGUUUCUCUAAGAGUGAUGAUGGUCUGUUGCCGUUUGUCGACGCUGUUCUUGAGAGGAAUACGACUACUUUCUCACCAGAAAGUUCAGGGCUUUGGGUUCCACAGCACUCACCAUCUUCCUUGUGUACUCCCCAUAAUUCUUCACAAAUAGGAGGGCAAACUGGGUGGUUCAAGGAAACUAUAGGCAUCAAAGCUAACAGGAGAUGGACGGAUGAUUCUUUUACGGUUCCAGAGAUCACCCCUCCCUCCACUGCCUCCAAGAGAUUUAGGCCUCUUUCAUAACAUAUCUUCCUAUGUUUGGUAGUCACGAUGGCUCUCAACUAAAUUCGAAAUCAAGCUGACCCCUAAACAGGGAAUAAGCUCCUAACAAUGCUUUUCUGUUCACAAGACUCAAGCCCAAAAACUUACUUAAAGGGUAUCGAGCUCUUUGCCACUCAACUCAACAGACACCGGUCAAUACUACUACUUUUGUAACUAAAUGAAUAUCAAUGAAAAGUUAUCAGUGUUGCUUUUA